ACAGAUAGAUAAUAUGGAGGCAGGUACUUAGAUGGAGGAUAACCGUAAGGGAGUUUGGCCACGAAAUUAGAUGAAUCAGCAGAGGGGCAGUAAGGGAAAAAAAGGAAAUGACGGAAGAGAAAAUGAACUUUGUUACAUCCAUUGCGAGUUUGCCAAGCUUGUCAAGGUUGCCAAGCUUGCCAAGCUUGCCACGAUGAUUCUAUAUCGGUCGCCAUGGAAACAACUGAAAGGAAGCUACUCGAAGCGAAGCCUGGAGUUUGUUUGAAGGGAAACUAGGCAUACCUACAUACUGAUAAACCACGCUGAUAAACAUUUACAGUAUCAGAGAGAAGAAGAUGGAAGAGAAGAAAAUAAGGUACUGUAAAGGUGUAAAGCGACUGGUGCCGAUUGUAAGCGGUGUAAAAACAGUACUGUGCUUUUUCAUUAGUUCCUUAACUUAUCAUCCGUCAAUAUUUUCGAUUGGGACGCUAGAAAAGGAGACGUUAAAUUGGUAAAUCGUUCGAUGAGGAUCAGACUGAGAAGCAGACGGAGGCAGAACGAGUCGCGGAAAACAGUUUUACGUGCAAGCCUGAAGAGCGACGGAUGACGAGUGCAAGAAAACUCUUCAGUUACAAUACAGCCACGUCACGUCGUACUCGUAGACGUAGCUCGUGCUUCCCCCCUUGAUGGUUUCGCGAUUUCGCGACUCUUCAACCCCUUUGCACAGCCUCUUGUUACACGGUUACCCUGCCCUUCUUCCCUCUUUAAGGCUUCGUUUAGGAUGGGGUUACCGGUCGUUACGGCCAGUUUCGAGGGUACUCUUUCCACGCGCACACGACACGAAACACGGACCCGUCGUACACCCUAAGUAGGCGCAUCAAAAGAAGAAAAGCCUCUUUCGCUCCUUUUUUUCUCCCUAACCUUCCUCUCCUCUCUCCCUAUCUUUCCUUUUCCUUUUCCUCUUAUUUCUUUUUCUCACUGUUAAAAUCAACAUCCACGCUGAUAAACUAAGCGAACCAGAUUCGUAAAUCGAAAACGCUGAGGAAUGUCGAACCUCCUACUACGUAGUUACUUGCUAUGUACAUAUGCCGUUUGUACGUAUAGGAAACAGUGUUCCCUGGUUAGUGGUUAGGUAGGAAGCGCGUUGCAUCGAGACUGUAACCAGUUGAGGCGCAUAAAGAGAAUCUUUCGUUAACAGGGACAGACAAAGGGAGACAACAGAGGGGAUGAUGGCUGGAUAGACGAAAGGACAAAGAAACGCGGCGAGGAAAACGCGAGAUGGACGAAUAGGGCGAGGUGAACACAGCCGAAGCAUGACAGACGGGAUACACGUCGCGAUGGCGCAAGCUACCUAUUUCAAAUCUUUCGAAACAAUUGCUCUUGUUUCCCCCUAAAAAAAGGAUACAUUUAACGUGUAAUUUAUAAUUAAUCAGAACUAGUUUGCACUCUCUCCUCUCAUUAUUUGAUGGCUGUCUCGCGACAUUCGUGCAUAGUGCACGACGUGCAAACUGAAUUGAACGACGCGACGCAUUGCGACAGUUUACUCGUCAACCAGACAACAGAUGCACGUAAAUAAUCUCGCUUUGUUCAACUAUAAUUGUAACGUCAUUUUUUUCUUCCCGUAAUUCCCGUAAACGGGAAUGCCGUCAAUAGUGGUGACUGAGUCGUCGAGGUGACGAAAAGUAAAAGACUAGCUCCACUCGACUUUGCCUAUCGAAUAUACAUAUGUAUAUCUACAUAUAUAUAUAUAUAUAUAUAUAUAUAUAUAUGUCUCUGUCGGUAUGUCUAGCGAUCGAAUUUCUGCAUUUUACAACGAGAGCCUACUUUCUCGAGCGUACAUACACCGAUGGUGGUCGUUGAGUUUUAACGACUUGAAUCUCUGCUCUAGAAAAGGGGAAAUAGAAAACGCUCGAGUGUAAAAUUGAACAUUUUUAGGCAAGAAACGAUAUAAGAAAGAGCAACGCAUAUGUAGAUAGACGAGGAAACGUUGAAAAUGAAAAUGCAGGAGGUAAGGGAAAGGGUGCGAAAAAGUGGCAGAAAUCGGCCUUGAGUUGGCCGAUGCUGAUGCCGAUACCGAUACGAAUCGCGACAUUGAUCGCGUCGGUGGUAGGUAAAAGCGCUCACCUGGUCGCGGUAACGACGCGAAUGUGUCGGUGCACGGAAAAGGAUCAAUGAGCAGGUUCAAUAACCUGAAAUCCACUUGACGUCCGACUACUACCUAUUGGUACGAGUGACUGCGUCGCUUCAACAACCAAAAUAGAUAUUCAUUUUCCAAGAGUGCUAUUUUCCCAGCCAGACACAAAUCCGAUACCGUCGAUUUAAGUGCUCUCCGCUCCGGUCAAAGACCCGACAACGGCACCUUUCCAAAUUGCCCGACACUUUUUCUCGAAAUUACAAGGAACAUGGCCGUAUUAAAGUACUAUCAUAUAUUGGCUAAUGAAAGUAGCUUGGACUAAAUAAUACCAGUAGGGAAUAUUUCGGGGCAUACGAACCGAGGCGUGGCGAGGCGAGGCGAGGCGAGGCGAGGCGAGGGUGGACCAAUUGGCGAACGCGCAAACAGUCCUUACCACGAAACGGGCCAAAGCAAUGUGAAAGAGGCCAGAAUCGAAUCGAAUCGAAUCGAUUCGCAUUUGUUAUUAAUUAAACGAUCAAGAAAACGGUGAAAGAAAAGGUUAUAUACAUACAUAUGUACAUAUGUAAUGUAUAUUCGGAAAAAGAGUAGAAUCUAAUCGUACGGACAGGAAGCAAUGGCUUUGUGGAAGCGGGAACGCAAGGAGGAGUCAGGAGAGGAUUCCGAAGAGCGUACAGAUUCUAGCAGGCAUUCAAAGGCAAACCCGGAUUCGAAUUUCGACUCGGAUUCGAAUUCCAACUUGGACGGGGAUUCAAAGAAGCUAGAGCAAGAUGAUAUGACGUGUUGCCAUCGAAUAACCGUGUGUAGUCCUGUGAUACGAGAGUUGCUGGUAACGGAACCCGUAUCGAGAUACUUGGGACGGCACGUGACAUGGGCCCAUUUCUUCUCGACGACCAGCAACGCGGCAAUGGUGGCGAUCAUCUGGGCAUUCUUGUAUUUCCUACUGGGCGAUACGAUGCUGCCGACCAACGAUGGUUUCGGUUUCUACGUUCUCGUUAUAUUUUCCUCUUUCCUUGGUCGCUCUUUAUCCUCGAUCCCGUACUUGAACCUUCCUCCGGUAUUCGGGAUGCUGUUAGCCGGUCUAAUCGUUCGCAAUACUGGACUGUACAACAUCCAGGAGGAGCUCGGUGUUGCAAACACCGCUAAAAUUCGAACCUUUUGUUUGACCUUUGUCGCGAUACGAGCAGGACUUCAAUUGUCUACCACCAGCCUAAAGAGGAACCCGAUCUUCCUAAUCCGCUUGGCCAUCAUACCUUGUACGAUGGAGAUGCUUGUAGUUACCCUGUGCUGUAGAUACGUUCUAUUCUAUCCUUGGGGCUGGUCUUUGAUGACCGGAACGAUACUCGCCUGCAUGUCGCCGGUAGUGACGGUCAACUGUGUCCUAGCUUUGGCCGAACGAGGUUACGGGGAGGACAAAGGACUCGCCGCGAUACUCUGCACCGCUGCUUGCAUCGACAACGUGCACAUGAUCUCUCUGUUUGCCGUCUGCUACAUCAACCUUUUCUCCAACGAUCAAGAAAGAACGGAAUGGUGGUCUUACGUACCCGCUGGCCUUCGUGACACGUUAGUGGGAAUCGGAGCGGGUCUUUGUUUAGGCAUUUUCUUCGUCUUUUUCCCACAUCGUAGCUACAAAUACGCGACCUGUUAUCGCAUCAUCUGCCUGGUAUUUGCCUCUCUGAUGUGUACCACGGCCACGGCGGAAAUAUCCAUCUCGGGUGGAGGAUUCUUGGCCAGCAUGGUUCUAUCGUUUAUCGCCAUCACCGGUUGGAAAAUCUUGUCCGAUUCUUUCGACGUAAGUUAGACGGCUCCAUUUCGGCAGGCGACCUAUGUCCUCUGGCAGUUGAUGCAACCGAUCUUAGUUGGAGUAAUCGGCGCCGACAUUAAUUUUAACAA